AUGACUCCCAGCAGCCUCGCACUUUACAUCACAAGCCUACUCUGGCUUGAUCUCACGCACGCUAAAAUUGGUUACUUUUGGCACAUCACUGAUCUUCAUUAUGACCCGUUCCACAAUUCCCAGGAGCUGCAUAGAGGAUGUAAACACAACCGUGGCAAUAGCGAGCACAGUCACCGCAAUGGACGCCACCGUGACCAUUCGUGUGACAGCUCGUGGCCACUUAUACAGAGCGCGGCCGCAUUCAUGGCUGAGAGGCAUCCCGACACGCUAGAAUUUGUAUUGUGGACUGGGGAUAUCUUAUCUUCGUCGAUGGAGCAUCUGAACGAAGAGAUUAAAUUGGAAGCUGUCAGGAAUGUGACAGAUAUUCUAAGUCGUACAUUUAGUAGUCAGUUCGUUUUUCCCGCUUUGGGACAUAACGAUCCUCCCCCAUCAAGAAAAUUAGUCGAUAUGUGGAUGCAGUGGUUACCAACUGAAGCAUUGCAGACAUUUGAAACUGGGGGAUAUUACACAAUUGAGCAGUCACAUAGUCGGUUACGAAUAGUAGUGCUAAAUAGUGUGUUAUGGGCCGGUGGAGCAACUAAAACCGAUGGACCUCACAGAGGCAAGGCACAGUGGGAGUGGCUAGAACAUGUUCUCAACAAAGCUAGGAGGAAAAAUGAAAUGGUAUACUUGGUAGCGCAUGCGGGGCCCGGGGUUGAAGAACGGCACAAUGCUGGUAGUUCAUCAGCGUCGGGUGGAGGUGAACUAACGCCGACUGCUAACGCGAGGCUGGUGCAUGUUAUCAGAGCAUUCAGUGACGUCAUCGCCGGCCAAUUUUAUGGUCACCGGCAUGCAGAUACAUUUAGACUUAUUUAUAGUGAAGGUCGACCAGUAUCUUGGGCCCUUUUAGCACCUUCUUUGACUCCACGCGGUGCUGGAAGCAUAUCGAACCCAGGAUUAAGGCUAUAUAAAUUUGAAUCUAAUACAGGAAAGGUAUUGGACUACACACAAUAUUAUUUAGAUGUAACGAAUACAAGAGGCGAGGCACACUGGGCGGUGGAAUACAACGUAACUCAGUAUUACGGUCUCCGGGAAGUGAGUGCCGUAUCUCUCGACACCCUAGCGGAGAAGAUAAGGAAUUACCACGACCGUGGAUUACUUACCAAGUACCUGACAGCACUACGUGUGCGCCACGGAACGGACAUAUCGGAUUGCGACAGCGCGUGCGUGCACGUGCAUUACUGUGCGAUAACGCGUGCGGACUUUCACGAGUUUCGCACGUGUGUGCGUAAUCCCGCCUCGGCGCUCGCGUCUCGGGCGCCCCACAACUCUGCCGCCAUCUUGCUUUACGCCAUUUUGAUUUUGAUCUCAUCAUAA